AUGCAGUACGUUGGACGAGCUAUUGACUCUGUAUCAAAGACUUGGUCUUCGAUCAACCCUGCCACUCUUUCUGGUGCGAUCGAUGUGAUUGUGGUUGAUCAUCCUGAUGGAACUCUUGCAUGCUCCCCGUUCCACGUUCGAUUCGGUAAAUUCCAGAUUUUAAAACCAUCCCAAAAGAAGGUUGAAGUGAUUGUUAAUGGUAAAUCUACCAACAUUCCAAUGAAGCUUGGCGAUUCCGGAGAAGCUUAUUUUGUCUUCCAGACGUCUUCCGACUUUCAUGGAAUCCCUAACGACCUUUUGGCAUCGCCUGUGGUAAGUGCUACAAGCAGCCCAUCCCAAUCACCACAUUCUAGUAGUACUCGUUUGGACAGUGAUACUGCCAAUGAAGCGGGAAAGAGCGAAGAUAAGAAAGUUCUUGAAGAACCAGAUUUUUUGGAUAUAAACGAUGCAGGAUCCACUGAAGAUCGAACACACUCAACGAUAUCUAGUAACAGCAAUAGUCCUACUCCUGUUUCCAGAACCAAGAUGUUCCAAGAAAAAUUGAAUAAGAGACUAACUCAAAUUCAUAUACCCAGCACUUUGGAGAAUAAUGGAGAUUUGUUACUGGACAUAGAAGGUUACAAACCCAAUAAAGAUAUGAUGCAUGAUACAGAUAAUCAAUUGAAACAGUUGUUGCAGGACGAGCUUGGGAACGAAUCCGAUAUCUCUAAUUUCGUGAAGGAAGACGGCAAGGGUAAUAUAAGAAUAGUAAAUCCAUAUGAACAUGACCAUCUUACUCCGCCAGGAUCACCUUUAUUGCUGACUGAUGAAUCAAGUUCGAAUAUGGACUCCAGACCGGAAACAGCCGACUCCACCACUGUUUCAUCAGACGUUGAAAGUCACAAUGAAUCACAAGAACCAGUCGGGACCAGUUGCGGCCAACAAUAUAUCAAGACUCUGAGAUUAUCAAGUGAUCAGCUCAAAUGCUUGGAUUUGAAGUACGGUGAAAACGAUCUAACUUUUUCUGUUGAUCAGGGCAGGGCCGUGGUAACAUCGAAGUUGUUCGUUUGGAGAUGGGACAUCCCCAUUGUUAUAAGUGAUAUUGAUGGUACAAUCACCAAGUCAGAUGCUUUGGGCCAUGUUAUGACUAUGAUCGGUAAGGACUGGACACAUUCAGGUGUUGCCAAACUGUUCACCGAAAUUUACCGCAAUAAUUACAAUGUGCUAUAUUUGACCGCAAGAAGUGCAGGACAGGCAGACUCCACCAGAAGCUACCUCCGGUCAAUUGUGCAAAAUGGAAACAAACUUCCUUUAGGACCGGUUAUACUCUCACCAGAUAGAACGAUGGCGGCAUUAAGACGUGAAGUCAUCUUGAAGAAGCCCGAAGUUUUCAAGAUUGCAUGUUUGAACGAUAUCAGAUCCUUAUACUUCAGACCACAAGAGAAACCGAAUAAUUCAAAUGACGGACGUGGUGAGGAUGAAGAGGAAGAAGAUCCAGAUGAAAGGCCUACACCUUUCUUUGCAGGAUUCGGCAACAGAAUCACUGAUGCGCUUUCCUAUAGGACAGUCGGUAUUCCGAGCUCAAGAAUUUUUACAAUUAAUCCCGAUGGCGAAGUGCAUAUGGAACUAUUGGAGUUGGCAGGUUAUAAGAGUUCUUACGUUUUCAUCAACGAGUUGGUGGACCAUUUUUUCCCACCUGUGGUGCGUAGCGAUGAUGAAAUGGGAAGUAUAACUUCGAUGACUCCAGGAUCCCCUGCGAAUAACACUCUCGAUCUCGACGGCAAUGCCGAUAGUAAUAUACUUAUGAGGAAGAAGCAAGAGAAGAAAUUCACCGAUGUUAAUUUUUGGAGAGAGCCGAUUCUCGACAUCGAUGAUCUUUCCGAUAUAAGUCAAAGUGAUGACGAGAACAAUACAUCUAAUAAAGGGCCCGAGAAUUUGACGAACGCAUUUAAGGGAAAGGCAUCUGAAGAUUCGACAAAGAAGAACGAAAGUCGAAGAUUCUCGUUAAUUGGCAGAUCGGCCCCUGACCGUACAGAUGAUGUUGGGACACUUCAUGUGCGACAAAAUGCGGAUGAAAAUGCGUACGGCAAGAACUUUUCAACACCAAAGAAAAACAGACGUCCUUCAAGUAAAGAGGAGAUCGGAAAACAAAUAUAUCUCGAGCUGGGGUCGCCGUUGACCUCACCAAGGUUGAAUCACAUCGAUUCCAGAGAUCUCGAUGACCACCUAAAGAAUUUCUCCAUAUCAAGGCCCGCACCGGCUAUUGCUGGAGUUUCAAAAGUUAAUGUCAUGGACGAUAACCAUUCGGUGACCAGUGACGAAACCUCAGCUCAUCAACCCGAUCAUAUCACCAACCGUAAUGAUGAAGGCGAAGAGGACGACAGCAUGGACGACGAAUUCGACGAAGAUGAUUUUAUAGAUUAA